AGGUGUGGGCCUCACCGCGCCGCUCACCCACACAAAAAUAAUGAUGGUGUAUCGCUCCACGUUCUAGCGGAAGAUUCAUUCUCAUUUUGCACAUCGCUGAGUGGUGUGGCAAUUCCCUGCCUUUGAUUGCUUCGCCCCCGAGUUGCCCCCCACCGUACACGUCCCUCUCCCCUUCUGCAGCCGCUCGUAGUCACCCCCUCCUCCUCCUCCUCCUCCUCCUCGGUCUCCUCCACCCCUCUCCCGCCGCUUGCUCCUUGCGUCCUCCUUCCAUUCUCCUCCUCCUCCUCCUCCUCCUCCUCCUCCUCUUCCUCCAACCUCGAGCUUGCUCCAUCCCGCUUUCCCUCCAUCUCCUCCUCCUGCUCCCCUUGCAUUCUCUUCUUCUUGUUCUUCUUCGUCUUCUUCGCGCUCGUGGCAUCCAUAGCCUCCGUCUUCAUCGUUCUCGCCCUCCCUCUCUUAUUAUACCGCGAAAGUGUCUGCCGCCAUGACGGUCGGGGGCGAUGCGAAGCGGUUUGCGCUGAACUCCGGGCGUUUCAUUCCGGCCAUUGGGCUAGGCACAUGGAAGAUGACCCCUGAGGAUGCCAAGUCCGCCGUAUACAAAGCCGUUGCUCACGCUGGAUAUCGACACGUGGACUGCGCGUGGAGGUACUUGAACGAGCAAGGCGUCGGGCAAGGGCUCCAGGCAGCCUUUGAGUCUGGCGUCGUCAAACGCGAGGAGCUGUUCAUUACGUCCAAGGUCUGGAUGAACUUCCUUGCCCCGGAGGACGUGGAAGCAUGCUUGCGCACCUCUCUUCGGGACCUGAACCUGGACUAUCUUGAUCUUUAUCUUAUCCAUUGGCCUCUCAGGGCGAAGCGAGACGAGAGCCUCGGGAUUGACGGCCAAGAGUUGGUGGAGUUCGACAUGGCAGCCACUUGGCGCGCAAUGGAGGAUCUGGUUCGCAAAGGCUUGGUCAAAGACAUAGGCGUGAGCAAUUUCAGUGUGAAGAAGCUGCAGAAGCUUCUGGAGACGGCGGAGAUUCCCCCCGCCGUCAACCAGGUGGAAACGCACCCGCUUUGGCGGAACGACAAGCUGCUGGACUUCUGUAAGAGCCAGUCUAUUCAUGUCUCUGCCUAUUCCCCCCUAGGGUCUCCGGACAGCAUUCCUAUUCUGCGCGCGAACCGGCCGGAGCUGCACAUCGAUUUGAUGAAGGAUCCCACGGUGGUGGAAGUGGGGAAAAAUAUAGGCAAGACGGCAGCGCAGGUAUUGAUAAGGUGGGGGGUGCAGAGGGGGACCAGCGUACUGGCCAAGUCGGUAUCGCUAAACCGCCUGAAGGAGAACAUAGAUGUGCUGGACUGGGAGUUACCACAGGAAGACUUUGAGCGGAUUAGCACAGCGUAUAAACACCAGGCGAGGCUUCUGGAUGGGGAUAUCUUCAUAAGGGAGACGGGUCUCGGGCCGAAGUCCAUCGAUGAACUGUGGGAUGGCGAGCUGUGACCCUUCAAUGCGUGUUGGAACUGCCUGCCUCGUAACAGAGCUCCUCACCAGUAUGAUCUCCAGAGUCC